AUGGCACGUAUGCACCGAGUCAUCUCAUGGGAUGCUGAAGACAUGUCUAUUACGGUAGAACCUUCUAUCCAGAUGAAUCAUCUUAUGGAUACUAUGCAUGAGCUAGGCAUGAGUAUGCCAUUUCACUACAUUCCGAUAUAUACCGCAUUGACCAUCGGGGGUAUGCUUCUAACGGGUGCACAUAGCAGCUCGGUCGAGCGACCGUCCGCCUUCGGGCAUCUAGUCUCGGAGCUGGAGUACGUGGACAGUCACGGCGAGGUCAGACGGGAGGAGAACCCUACCCGGUGGAUCGGUUCUUUAGGGAUGUACGGAAUUAUCACACAGGUGACCCUCCGCGCGACAGCACCCUACAAGCUCAAUACUACGGCAGCCGUCGGGGGCAAGAUGGGCCUAAUGCUUGAUCAAGUGAACUUUACCCCGAUACCCACGGACUGGACAAUCUGCUACUUCGAAAAGCACUUACCUCCAUUUUGGUACAAGGAGGGCUCCACGAAUCUUUGGCUAGGCUUUAACGAAAGUGUGAUCGGCUGGCCACAUAAGCUGGGAGGUUCCAGCUGCGAAGGAAGUCAGGUUGGCUGUUACUGGCAGAACCAGGUGCAGAUCCUCAUCGAGUUCGACAUGGAUGUGCGCUUGCUAGGGCAAUGGAUCCGCGAGGUGCGAUCUAUCACAGAUUCCAUCCGCUACCACGGGUGCCUGCCGUCAUUACUGGGGUUCGCCAUGCGAUUCGGCAAGGCUUCCAGCGCCCCCCUAGAUAUGGCCUACGGUCGAGAUACGGUCUACAUUGACAUGCUUGUCGCCAAGGGUAUUCCCGGCCUGCCGGCCAACCACCAGGAUGUCCUCGAUGAAAUCGAACAGAUCACCUUCGGUAAAUACGACGCACGGCCACAUUGGGGGAAGAAUCCUGAACGGGCCUUCCUAAGCCAGGACUAUCCCGUCCGAAAUAAAUAUCCGGAGUUCGACAGGCAUAUCCAGAUGGCCCGAUCUGCGGAUCCACGGGGCAUCUUUGAGCCUGCAUUGUUCAGUCAGAUCAAGGACCGCGGACAUCACAGCAUGUAUCCCGGAUGUGCCGUCGCGAUGGAUUGCUACUGCUCCAAGGACGAGCAUUGUGGGCCAUCGCUUCUCUAUCGAUGCGACCGUAGCCUACAUUCUGCCAAUGCUAGCGUGUGCCGGAAGAGGUUCGACUUAGCCAUCGUCACCACGCUAGGCAAACUUCUUCGCGUGUGA